AUGGCACAGCAGAGUUCUCGUACCAUGGUUCUGGAACCGGUUGCUCCACCACCCGAUCAGCCAGCUAGAGGCAGGGGUCAGGCAGCUAGAGGUGGAAGUCAGACCAUUAAAGGUCGAUGUGAGCCCAUGUGUCGAUACAUCUUCUUGAUAACUGAAAGUGAACUUGAACAGCUGUUUCUUGGUUUCCUGGCACGGUCUCGGACCUCGCAGGUUGGGUCCGGCAACUGUCCUCCACUUUUUCAUACGUGGAACACAGUUGGCGUAACUUGGCCAAGGGUCGAUAGGAAGCUAAAAACCAUGGAUGAGGAUGAGGAUGGAGGAGAUGACGACUGCCUGCUGGUAGCUCGGAAGAGAGGAAGCACUGACGCUUCGAACGCCCCUGAACCGAUGGUUGUGUCGCUUCACCGACAAGCAUUUUCCAAAUCUUGGGCUGAGCUUGCCCGAUACAAAGCUGAACUCAAGAACUCGGUGGAAGAGAGGGAUGUCCUUAAGCACCUUUAUGUACAAAGAGAGAAGGAGGUCAGGGAUCUCCGAGUCGAGUUGGCGAAUGCUCGCCCAGCAGAAAGGCGAGCUAGUAUAGCAGCUUCGAGAAGAGCUCAAGAUGAAAGAGAUGAAAUCUUGGUCUGGAGCCGCAAAAUCGAGGAGCUCGAAGCUAAAUCAGCCGCUGAGCUUGCGAAGGCCAAAUCUGAGGCAGAGGCAUUUGUGUCCUCGUACCGAGAUGACACUGAAGCUGCUAACACUUGGGCACACGAAAUCUCCAUUACGGCUGAAGUUAAGUUAUCAUGUGCUCUCGACCAUGCCAAGCGACAGUCCCGGAGAGAAACUCUCGAGGAGGUGCACGCUCGUGGGUUUGACCUCUUAGCUGAUAUUGAAAAAGCAAAAACAUUGAAGGAAGAGGCUGUCGCUUUGCUCUCCGAUGACGAGGAUUCUGCUAGUGGAUCCGGGAGCGGAGGAGAUGAGGAUGAAGUCCCCGAGGAGGAGAUUCCCGAAGAUGCAGCUCCCGAUGAUGCAGCUCUUGAGGAUGUGGCUUCCAAAUAUGUGGUUCCCGAGGAUGUGGCCCCGAAGUAG